AGCGGCUGCGCGCUGGUGACCCCGUCCUUUCGGUCCGGCGGCGGCAGCGCUGAGCCAGCGGUGCCCAUUCUCCGGCUCUCCGGCCCUCCACUCCACUCUGCGUCCGCUGCGCCGCCCGCUGUGCCGCCAUGACGGAACAGGCCAUCUCCUUCGCCAAGGACUUCCUGGCCGGAGGCAUCGCCGCCGCCAUCUCCAAGACGGCCGUGGCCCCGAUCGAGCGGGUCAAGCUGCUGCUGCAGGUGCAGCAUGCCAGCAAGCAGAUCGCCGUGGACCAGCAGUACAAGGGCAUCAUGGACUGCAUCGUGCGUAUCCCCAAGGAGCAGGGCAUGCUGUCCUUCUGGAGGGGCAACCUGGCCAACGUCAUCCGCUACUUCCCCACGCAAGCCCUCAACUUCGCCUUCAAGGACAAGUACAAGCAGGUCUUCCUGGGGGGCGUGGACAAGCACACCCAGUUCUGGAGGUACUUCGCCGGCAACCUGGCAUCCGGCGGUGCGGCUGGAGCCACCUCCCUCUGCUUCGUCUACCCCCUGGAUUUCGCCAGAACCCGUCUGGCAGCUGAUGUGGGCAAAUCGGGCACCGAGCGGGAGUUCAAGGGCCUGGGGGACUGUCUGGUGAAGAUCACCAAGUCCGACGGCCUCCGGGGCCUGUACCAGGGCUUCAACGUGUCUGUGCAGGGCAUCAUCAUUUAUCGGGCUGCCUACUUUGGCGUGUACGACACGGCCAAAGGCAUGCUCCCCGACCCCAAGAACACCCACAUCGUGGUCAGCUGGAUGAUCGCCCAGACGGUGACGGCCGUGGCCGGAGUCGUGUCCUACCCCUUCGACACCGUCAGGCGACGCAUGAUGAUGCAGUCAGGGCGCAAAGGAGCGGACAUCAUGUACCGGGGGACCGUGGACUGCUGGCGGAAGAUCUUCAAGGACGAGGGCGGCAAGGCCUUCUUCAAGGGUGCCUGGUCCAACGUCCUGAGGGGCAUGGGCGGCGCCUUUGUGCUGGUCCUGUACGACGAGCUGAAGAAGGUCAUCUAGGCGCAUGCCCGCCCAGCCCCGGGGACCAGGACGCUCGCUAGAAUCCUUCACUGGUACGGACCAUUGACCUUCCAGAAAUUCCCGUGUCCUCGCCCAGCCAGAUCAUGUGGGGGCUGGGGAGGCUCUAAAACGGGGCUCCCUGAGCCCCCCGGCACCUGGUUCCACACGUGAUCUCGGGACGGGCGUCCUGACGUCCUCUGGGCCCCCGUCAGGGCAGCUCAGCCUGGCACCCGGAGGCCCACGUGCUUUGUAGGACCAAGCUGUGUCUGAGUAUUUAUUUAAAGGAAAUCAUGUCUCUCGUCUGUACCUAAGCACCAUCCUCCUUUGCACAGCGAUACUUACUUUCCAUACUUGCAAUGAUCUCUGCUGGGCAUCCUGCUGCAGACAAUAAAAACAGGACACAGAAAC